UAAUGUUAGUAUACAAUUUAUGGACAAUGUGCUUGCAUAACAUGCUGUAUUUUUAAAAACGUGGUUCAUAAUUUUUAUUCAAUUAGAAGAAAAUAUCCACAAUGUUUUCUUAAUAAUUUCGUGGAUGAAAUAAAUAAUACUUUUUGUCUGUAUUUCGGUUCAAUAUCCUAGUAGUUAAAGAAGGAACAUUAAAAUUAUCCAGAGAUGAAUCAUUUACACGAUCCAGUAGACUUUAAUAAAAGUCUGGAAGAAAUGUCUGAAGAUGAGAGGGUCCGGUUCCUACAUCAGCAAAUGCACGAGAAGCACAAGGGACACGAUGAUAUGCAUGCCCUUAUGUUAUUAAUACUUCUAUCAGUUCUUAUUUUAUCCCAAUUCGGACUGUUUGAGUGGAAAAAGCGGCACUAUAAAUCUUAUCUACUAGUUAGCUUGGUAGCACUUUGGUUGAUUCCUGCAGCCAUAUCUGUGAGAAACUUUUGGUGGCGCUUUGUGUUCUUUUGGUCUAUAUUUACGAUGAUCACAUGCCUUGUACUGCAGAGAUCCUUUGAAAAACCUCCAAGAGGAAAUACACCUCGAUUAGUGUACAAAUGGUUCUUAUUUAUUUAUAAGUUAAGUUAUGCACUCGGAAUCAUCGGAUAUAUUAUGAUGAUGAUGACAUUCGUUGGAUUCAAUCUCCUUUUUAGUCAUAGUCCUCAAUCGUGGAUGGAUGUCUCGCUUUUAUUUAUAUUUUAUGGAUUGUAUUAUGGUGUGUUGGGAAGAGAUUUAUCAGAAUUAUGCACAGACAAGAUUGCGAUUCACAUAGGAUAUUAUAAUAUUGAAGGAAUUCCAACUAAAACACUCCCUAAAGACUUAUGUGGCUUGUGUGCACAUAAGCUUUUUGUAUCUGAAAAUGACCAAGGUGUCAUUGAGGACACUUACAAAUUGCCAUGUGAGCACACUUUCCAUGAAUUUUGCAUUAGAGGAUGGCUUAUUGUCGGCAAAAAACAGGUCUGCCCAUACUGCAAAGAGAAGGUUGAUAUGAAGAAAAUCUCACUAUUCAAUCCUUGGGAAAAGCCGCAUUUACUUUAUGGACAACUCUUGGAUUGGCUUCGAUAUCUUCUUGCCUGGCAACCACUUAUAUUGUUCAUCGUUCAGGGAAUUAAUUACAUUUUUGGUCUUGAGUAACAUUAGAUACCAAAUUUUAGACUGAAAAUUUUUAUGAAAUCUACAUGUUCAUUUUUCUGAAAUUCGUACCCUGUUUUAUUGCUUUCAUACACGUCUAAAAAUACCAUGAGCUUGAAAUUUGUUCACGAUAAAGCUUGAACCAUGAAUUGAUUUCAAGCUAGUCACUUAAAAAGAAAUGAUAAUUUAAUUAAUAAAGAAGAUGAUGAA